AUGUCGUCCUGGGGGGUUACGGGCGCCGCGAAGCCCCGAUCACACAACGUGAAUAGUGUGUACGCCGGAAGGAAUAACGCAAGCGGCCGGGCCGCCGGUAAGUAUCCUGUGAUUGAGCAUUUUUCAAUUUUAGGUACCUUUUCCAAAAUUUUACCUGAAAAUUCCAGGCUCUGUCAAAAAUGGCCUUCAAGUUCUUGGAAAAACUUCAACUAUCGUCCGGCGUAUGCCCCCGCCUGCAACUCUACCUUCACUCAAGUCUGAGAUUGGUCAAGAUCCGAGUGUAAUAAUAGUGCCUCAGGGUGGACAAGGAUGGAACAAGCCAGCCGACACGUCCGACAACAAGGUAAUACAGCCAUUUUCUUUAUGAGGUUGAAUUUUUAUUGGAUUUUUAUUUGGUUGUGACCGAGUUUUUUUCUGAAAUUUGAUGUUAUACUAGAAGUCAGUUUUUUAAUAUAGUUUAUGCGAUGUGAAAUUGUUUUCAGAAUUCGGAGAAUCAAUCGAAUUCCCCAGACUUGCGUCCGAAUUGGGCCAAGAGUGCAGCCAAUGGCCAAGCUGCUCCAGUAGAGAAGGUCAAGCCCAAUCCAGCUCAUUCUUUACGUGUAGGCAAAGCAGCGGGCAAUGCAGCGACCAACAGUCGCGAAUUCCCACCGCUCGCUGCUGCUGUGGGGACAUCACCCACCAAGUCAACGCCGCCGUCAACAACGGGUGCUCUGACGGCAUCAAACGACUUGUCCAAGUCAUCCAGUAAGUGUUGAUUUUUUUGUGUUGUAGUUUUUAGGUCAAAGUUUCCACUGUUUAUUUUCUUUCAGGGCAACCGUCCUCCAAAGCAGACGAGUCUGCCGACAAGAUCGUCAACAUCCCGCCGCCUCAAUCGACUGGUUCCGGCUAUAUUGGAGCCUCGACGGCACCCAGGUCCAAUGUCGACCGAAAAAUCCCCGAUCGUUAUAUUGGGGCUCCCGAAGGAUCUCGCCCCAGCAACCAGCCAAACAAGCGGUACGACUUCCGCCAGAAGUUGGCUCAGCUUUCCAUGGACUCCAAGGAGAAGUCGGAGGAACGGCAAUUGGCUCAAAAAGUCGUGGAACCUGUCCACGAGAUUCACCAGACGUCUCCUCAACCCGCAGUCCAAACUCCUCAACCCGAACCUUAUCCUGUGCAUGCUCAGCCACUUCAACCUCAAGGUGGACGCAGCCAGGAUGUUCGUCGACUUUACUCCCAGCCCCAGGAGCCGAUGGAGGAGCCUUCGCACGAAGGUUGGGGCCGUCCUUUGCAAGACGAGUACUCCAAACCUCGACAGGACUUUUACCAACCUCAGCCACUUACGUCUGGGCACGGCGAUUCAGGAUAUCAGAAGCCGCCGAGAUACGACGAGCCGAACAAUUGGGAAGACGCUGCAAGGUGGGGACCUCCUCCUCCCGACCGUCGCCCUCGUCAAUCCAGCUACCGAGCCGAGGACGAAUGGUAUCCUCGAAACGAAGGAAAUGGUUAUCACGGCAACGAGUACGCUGGAAAAUACGACAACGGCGGAUUCCAAGGACGGAACCGGCCUGUAUCCAAUUCGUACAGCGACGAAUUCGACGCUUAUGGCAUGUAUGGAAACGAAAGAAGGACCAAACGUAGAUCAGAGAACGGUGAUGAUAACCAAAAUAGGUACCAUCGGGAUAUGAAUCGAGACAGAGAACCUACUCGCGAAAUGAAUGAAUACUUCGAAGGCCAGAAGAGCCAAGGAUACAAUCGAAAUCAAGCUCAGCAGCCGGUGUACAGGAUGUUGAAGAGGAAUGACGAGAAGAGCGCCGAAUAUUUCUCAACUCGAUCCAAUCUGAGCUCCAUGACUGAAGAAGAAAGUGCCGAGACUCUAAGCCAGCUCACAAGAUUUGGGAGACCGGUGAAACAUGGUCAGUAUGAACAAAGACAGAGUCAGGAAUCACUGAACAGGUUUAACAAAGCCCCUGGAGCUGGUAAACCUCAAAAUCAAAAGGAGGUACAUCAAAAGGAAAGCAGACCACAAGUACCAGCAGAAAAUGUUUGGAAGAAGCGAAUGGAAGAACAGCAACAACAGCAAGUUCAGAAACAACAGGAGGAAAAACACACUUGGGGAGAGGUAGGUUGUUAUACUACGUGGGCCAUAAAAAAGAGAGAGACUUGGCGAACAGAAACAGGUAGGAAAAAUUUCGUUCCGAAAUUCGACAAAAGGUCUCAAACUUUCGCUGACUUUCGAGAUCAAAAAAAUUCGGUCAUCGCUUUUAAUUUGACGGAUUUUUUUUCAAUCUGACAACUUGACGUCAAAUUGCAUCAUAUUGCCGGCUAAAUUGAAAAUACUGAUCUACGAAGCCUUCAAACGCGAGUUAAACAUAGACUAUGAUGAACCGUUUAUAUUGGUCGUAACUAGUUCUUACUGCCUAUAUCUCAUCAGUCGUUUUGACAAGAAGGGACCAUUUAGUUCUGAAAAUUUUUAAAUUACUACAGUUUUUUCGUAAAAAUCUAGAAAAGUUUUCCAAAAGAUUUCAAUUUCACAAUCAUAAUGACAGAAAAAUUUCGCAUGACGAAAAUGACGUCAAUCUGACAACAUGAUAACUACCAAUCUGGCGACCCAGGUUCAAUUCCCCCUGUGCAAAUGACGAAGUUGGAAAAAGAUAAAAUAAAUUUCAGAAAAUUGGCUUUAGGCUACUGAGAACCCGUUUGGAAGCUUUUUUAAGAAUUCCACAUAAAAUACGGGUUUUAUGGAGAACGUCUCAUAGCACUCGUAAGAUCACCUCAAGUAACAGGAAAGAUACGACUAUUUUCGCCAUUUUUGAGAUAUUUUGUUCUUAUGGCGGUAUUUCUGUAUUCCUGCCACAGAUUUGGAACUAAACAAAAUGGGGGAUUUAGAGAAUUCAGGGAAAGAAAGAAUCUUGACAUUUGGCCAAAAAGGAACGGGCUGAUUCAAAUCGGGCCACAAGAGAUGGCACACCCUAAAAAUGGCCGGGAAUUUAAUUUUCAUUAUUGAUGAUUUUUUAUUUUAGGCAAAGCACACCAGAAAGUUUGAUUAUCACUUCCCAGUAAUGGAAAAAGACGAAGCCACUGGAUGGGAUGAUGUAAACGAAGGCAAUGGAUACCAUGAAGAUCAUGAUCAGCGAAGGGAACAACGCAAUCGACGACCUCAAAAGCCUCAAGCACCGGUCCAAAGGCCGAGAAUGGCUCCAGAGCAAAACAGAAAACCGGUAGGAAAUCGCCAAAAGAAACGGAACGAACCCGUAAGCAUGUUCUUAUGCUCGUUGUUCUUAGAGAAAAACAGAUUCCGAUUUUUGUCAUAAAAUUAUCUUUAUUAAAGUUGUCGAUUUCAGGAGGAUAACUUCUCAAAUAUGGGUGAAUUCCAUGCCGAGGAUUAUACCAUCACGGAAGUGGCGCCUCCCCGACCUUUCCAAAACAAUUUCGAAGAUGGCUUUGCCAGUGUCGAUAUGAUGGAACAAGAGACCAAAGAGAAGAAACAGAGAAGGACUCCUAACGAGGAGGUAAGAGUUGACAGACAUCCUUGCUUCUACUAGAAAUAUCAUCAAAACUAAAUUAAUUUUCAGGGCCCACGUCCAUUAAAACCUCAGCGAGGAGCUCCUGUGAAUAAAUCUUGGAGGGAUUCCAAACCUCGCCGCACCCCUGAGGAAUCUUCGGACAACGCUGAUAAGAGGAAAUCGGGCGGGAACCGAUCUCAAAAUCAGCGAGGCCCUAGAAGAGAAUACAACAGGGGAAACAGAAACGGUAAGCAGCCUAAUUUAUUAUAAUAGAAAGUAGUUUUGAUUGGUUUGAAUUCAAUAAGCAUGGCUAUUUUUGUAGAUGAGGAUGAAGAACUCGAGGAAACUCACUCCAAUGGUAGUGAUGCCCGUCGUUUCGACAACUCGACUGGGAGCAAGAAAUCGAUCCAACGUCCAUCAAAGCCGCGCCCAAAGCCAUCCCAAUCCAAACCGCAGAUCCAAUCGGAAGUUUCUAAACCCCAGACCCCAACUAGCUCCAGCCAACAGCCGCGUCCUCAGAACCAAAAAAACGCGAAGCCCGCCAGCCCUACGUCCCAAAACAACGUCGCAUUCGGGAAGAGCAACGACGAGAACAACAGUCCGCAGCUCAGUAAGAAUGCCAAACUAAACGCCCGCGAGAACCGUCGGCCCGCCAAGGAGGCCGGCACGGUUCGCUACGGGCUGGCGGGUGUCGAUUUGAACAACGCGAGCGUCUUCGUCAUCGACAAUCAGCCCGAACAAUCGACUGACGGCCAAUCUGAGAGCGGAGAAUUCGAGGAAGUCCUCAGUCGGAAGGCGAAAAAACAACGUCAAGAACAACAACGUCAGGAGGAGGAAAGGGUCAGCAAGGAAAAGGCUCGGCUCGAACGUCAAGAACAACAGAAGAAGUGUAAACAGAAGGACGAGAAGAGCAAGAAGCAACCCAAAAAGAAGGAAGAAAUUCGCAAACGCAAGGAUUCUGAAGCCAAGAGCACCAAUGAUUCCUUCUCUCCAGUGUCGGCCACCGACUCUGGCUGUAUUGCCGUCUCUUCAACUUCCCAUGUCUCUGGAGAGUCUGGGCCUGAAGUUUCGCUCUCAGGGCUCACAAAAUCUUCAGUUUGGAAUGAUCCGGGGAUUAUAACAACCAGUCCUUUGCAGCACGACUUCAGGCAGAAUAUCCCUGCUCCAAUUGCUCGUCCGACAUCUAAGACCAAGGAUAAUGUCCCUCUGGAAUUAACCCGAGAAUCAGAAGCACUGCUUUACAAUAACGCCAUUCCUGAGCCCGACUUUGAUUUUAGAGCGGGUCAAAUCAGCCCGAAGGCCUCGUACAUAAAUGAUGACCACGCAGCAGAACUGCAAAAAAAGGUUAGCAAAGUUAAGGAUAUCUGGCCAGGAGAAGAUACGGCUUAUUUGCAUAACGAUUUGUUGCCGAAGGAGGAUAUUACGAGAGCCACUGACUUAAACGGCGCUAUGGAUACUGAUCGUGAUCGUCAUAUUGAUCACAGAUCCAUUCCCCAGAGACAGUUGAGCGAAUCACAAUCAUCGCUAAACAGUCCUGCAUUCUUAGCUCAAUGUAAGUGCUCUUGGUACAUUAUGUAGCCUCAUAAUUGUCUAAUUUUAGCUAACGGUUUCUCAAGUCAUUACUCGUUCCUUCCAAGCAACAGUCAGCCAUUCGGACAUCAGCUAGCGAACAGUCCCCCAAGUCAACUGGCCCAGAACUUUUUGGCCCCUCGGAAUUAUGUGGAGCCCAAUUACUUUGGCCCUACUCAGACCGACUGGUCCAAUAUGGAACUAAUGAAUGGACUUGCGUCUCCUUCCCCGAUCCAAUAUUUUAACAAUACUCAGAUGAACGUUUCUCCCGCCCAGCGAUUCCAACAGCCACCUUCGACCAAUUUCCGCCCUACAAGUCGUCUAAUCAACACACAAACACCCCAGCCCGCAAUGAACACCAGUGUCCCGCCUCCCAAUAUGAACAUAGCCAAGCAUCCUGUCCCAAUGGUACCUUUCAAUGGUCAACUAACCCAUCAUAUUCCCAUGGGUCCUUUCGUUCCCCCUCCACCUGUCAGUCAAGUCGACUUUAGUGUGCCUCCACCACCACCCUCCAGUGUUGGGGUGGUUGGAGGGCAUCGGCAGCAAAUGGCCUGUAAUCAAGUGAAUGGCCAAAGAAAUGUAAGGAUCGGUUGUAGAUCUUUAAGACUUUGGAACACGAAUAGCUGUAAUCUCCAAUUUCAGAACAGUGGAGGUAGAACUGGAAUGUUCAACGGAGGUCCGCCGCCUAUGUUCAGAAAUGGCCAACGCCGUUCCAGCCACAAUUCAGGUGGCAUGGGUCCUACUCCCAGUCCUGGGUUGCCCACUCAUUUGACUUGGAACCCUUCCAUGAACGGAGCCGGCACUUUCGGCCUCUUUUAA